ACACCACAUGGGAACCUUAAUUUGCAAACGAACAACUGUGGCCAUAGUCGACCUAACCCUAACCUUUAGUCAGUAUAUUAGAGUCAUAAUUUUAGUGGUGCAAAGCCUGGACUAUGGCCGACAAAACUAUAGAAAGUAGUGUUUCCCCCUUAAUUUAGUAGAGGACACAAAACCUGUUUUCGUAGGUUUGCAUAAAGUACAGGUAAAAUGUUUUGUAAUAGAGCAGUUGGUAAAGGCAGGAUGGUUUUGAGGUAUAUAGGCAGAGGACAGAAUUCGGUGUGCCUGUCAUCAAAAUCUGAGCCAAAGCCUGCAGCUGUUCAGAAUCAGGAAGCAGCAGAUAAAGUGAGACAAUUAAAGAAAGAGCAAAGUUAUACCUGUAUAUUGGUUACUAUGGACAAGAAGCCCAACCUGGGCCUUCUUUAGAGCAUUUUAUUGCUAACAGUACAAACACAGCUGUUAAACAGAACAAGCGGAUAGAUAAUGUAAAUAUUCCCUAUCUGAAUGACAGUGACUUACAGGGUCAUGGAAGAAAAGUGUAUUUUGAUGUAUAUGGCUGUCAGAUGAACACCAAUGAUACAGAAAUAGCCUGGUCUAUACUGCAGGAGAAAGGCUAUCAAAGAACUGCAAAUAUAUCUGAGGCAGAUGUAGUGUUGGUUAUGACGUGUGCAAUUAGAGAAGGGGCGGAACAGAAGAUCUGGAGAAAACUGAAACAUCUUACCACACUGAAAAGAAGGGGACCGCUGAGGAAAGGUGGUACCAGGAUGAAGAUAGGAAUUCUGGGUUGUAUGGCAGAGAGACUGAAGACACAGAUUCUAGAGAAGGAAAAGUUGGUUGAUAUUGUGUGUGGACCUGAUGCUUACAGGGAUUUGCCGAGGUUGUUAGCCGUCACAAACAACAAACAAAGUGCAGUGAAUGUUUUACUGUCCCUGGAGGAGACAUACGCUGAUGUUAUGCCAGUCAGAUUGAAUGAAGACUCUGUUACAGCAUAUGUAUCAAUAAUGCGAGGUUGUGACAAUAUGUGUUCUUAUUGUAUUGUACCAUUUACACGAGGUCGAGAGAGAAGUAGACCCAUAGAUUCUAUACUAGAGGAAGUUAGAAUAUUAUCAGAUCAGGGCGUGAAGGAGGUCACACUUCUAGGUCAGAAUGUAAACAGUUACCGUGAUAUAUCCGAGUCAGAUUACUAUGGGGUACCAGAUCGAUCGCAAGCUACAACUCUACGAGAAGGUUUCAAGACUAUAUACAAACCUAAAUCAGGAGGUCGAAGGUUUGCUGACCUGCUGGACAAAGUGUCUGACAUUGACAAGGAUAUGAGGAUCAGGUUUACAGCUGCACAUCCCAAAGAUUUCCCAGAUGAGGUUUUACAUUUGAUAAAAGAGCGAGGAAAUAUAUGUAAUCAGCUGCAUUUACCAGCACAGAGUGGUAACAAUCAGGUAUUAAAGGCAAUGAGAAGAGGUUAUACUGUAGAGGCCUACAUGAAUCUAGUGGGACAUGUUCGUAGUCUGCUACCAGGAGUAGCAUUAACAAGUGAUUUCAUCUGUGGGUUUUGUGGUGAGACAGAGGAAGCUCACCAGCAGAGUAUUAAACUGAUAAGAGAUGUCAAAUAUAGCAUGGUAUUCUGUUUUCCAUACAGCAUGAGACAGAAAACUCAAGCUUUCCACAAGUUAGAGGAUGAUGUUUUAGAAGAUGAUAAGAAAAGACGGCAUGCAGAAUUGGCAGCAACUUUCAGACAGGAGGCUGGGGAAUUUAAUAAAACAUAUGUAGGACAGGUUCAUACAGUCCUUGUUGAAGGGGUCAGCAAGAAACGUAGAGAUACACUGUUUGGUAGGAAUGAUGCAGGUUUAGCAGUUAUCUUCCCAGAUAGUGAGGUUUUAGAUGGAAAUCUAGCAAGGCAACCAAGGCCAGGAGACUAUGUACAGAUAAAGAUCGAACAGACUACAGCGCAGACGUUGUACGGGUCAGCAUUGAAGAUAACUAAUUUAUAUAAUACUGACAGUGAUGAAGUGUUAAAAGAAAUACACUCUUGAUAAUUGCUGCAAAAAUAGUUUGAUCAAAGUAUUUAUAAUUACCGUGUUGCAAAUAAAAAUAUAGUACAGUUCA